CUCUGCUCACCAUGAGCGACAACAACAAGGACCUUCCACAUCCGCACGACAAUGUAGAGCCGUUGGACUACAAGGAACAAUUCCAGGACCAAAAGCCGUCUAAAUUCGUGGACCCGUGUGAAGGCGCAGCCAAGGCUAGUCUGAAGUGCAUGGACGUGAACAACUAUGACCGAACGGCCUGCAUGGACUACUUCCAGGCGUACAAGGACUGCAAGGCUGCAUGGAUCGAGCGCCGCAAGGACGACCGACGAAACGGACGCUACUGAACGCUCUUGAUCGCUGUUGUAUUUGGAUUUCAUUUCACCUGGUGCAUAUCACUAUGCUAAGUAGGGUAUCGAACGACGAAGACGGCGGCGUCCAAUACUAUGCAUCGCCACCCGAAUAUAUAUGUAAUCGAUACAACGUCGGAGAAUAUACAAUUGGCGCACGUUGGUUGAUUAGUUCGGGGGCUCGUAAUUUGGUCGCGGCGCUUGGAUGUAGGAUACUGGACGAGAGGCGGCGCCGUUGUUCAGUGGAGGGGGCGGUCGCGGGUUAGUCCCCCAGUCGUCCUGUGGCAUUCGUGGCGGUCCCGGUCCCGGUCCCGGUUGCUGGUACUGGUGCUGUUGCUGCUGCUGCUGCUGCUGCUGCUGUUGCUGCUGCUGCUGUGCCAUGCCGAGAGGGCGCGAGCUCGGUGGUACGUUGCCCAUCGGCGGUCGCUCAAUGACCGGUGAAGUCGGAGCAUUGAAGCGCGGGUUGCUCCCGUUCUGAGCUGGGUUGUACGGAAGAUUGGCAUUCGGAGGUCGACCUGACGAGCCCGCCUUGAGCUUCAUGUAGGUGUCGACCUUCUUCAGGAAUUCCUUCCCAGGAAGUUCCAUAGAGUUGGCGAAAUAUUCCUGAUCGUGGAGGAUGGGCAAGAAUUCUUCCGGCACGGUGAAGAACUCGUCCUGAUUCUCCAGCAAUGCCGUCACAACCCUGAUCGCCCCAAAACUCUCGUCUCGCAUAGCGUCCCGGCCACGAGAAUAUAGAAUGCUGGGGCAAAUCACAGUAGCAAGGUUGCCCAAGUCCAUUUUGCUC